AUGGGGAAGCCAGAGAUGCCGCCAAUCUUGUCAGCACCGGGGAUGCUAGCAAAUGAAACAGUAUGUUAUCCGUCGAACAUGGUUACAACAAACGGGAUAUGGAUGAAUGAGAAUCCAUUGAACUAUUCUCUGCCUCUCUUCCUCUUUCAAGUCUUAUUGAUCGUUCUUAUCACACGGCUACUCAUGUUUAUCCUUAAACCUCUGCACCAACCUCGAGUUUUCUGCGAGUUUAUUGCAGGUAUAAUUUUGGGUCCAUCAGCAUUGGGACAUUUAAAAAUUGAAGGGUUCAGUCCUUUUCUAUUUAGCAAAACUAGUUUGCUAUUGCUUGAGACAAUAGCUAACAUGGGUGCCAUUUACUUUGUCUUCAUAAUUGGACUAGAGAUGGACCUCUCAGUCAUCCGAAAAUAUGGAAAAAAGGCCUUGGUCUUCGCCAUUGUUGGUAUGUUUUUGCCCUUCCUCAUAGCUUGUGCCUUCUCAUUUAACCUACAAAAGAAAACAACCAUGCAGGAAGGCACAUUCAUGAUCUUUUUCGCCAUUUCUCUCUCUAUCACGGCAUUCCAUGUACUUGCACGAAACCUCGGAGAGCUUAGACUUGUCGACAUGGAGAUUAGCAAGCUAGCCAAGUCAGUUGCCCUCAUUAAUGAAAUUUUCGGGGUGACUCUCUUAGUGUACACCAUUUCUUUGGCAGAGUCGACAGAAACUGCUUUCAUAACUUCCUUAUGGAUAAUCCUAUCUAGCAUAAUUUUUGUAGUUUUUUGCAUUUUGGUUGUCCGACCAACAAUUGCAUGGCUCAUAAGGCGAACCCUAGAGGAAGAAAACUUCAGUGACCUCACUACAUCCAUUAUUAUUGCUGGAGUUAUGUUCUCUAGUGUCAUCUCAGAUGCCAUUGGAGUGCAUCCUAUCUUUGGAGCUUUUUUUUUCGGCUUGGUAAUUCCAAAUGGGCCUCUUGCAGUUACCCUUGUAGAAAAUCUUGAAGACUUCGUUAUUGGUUUUCUACUUCCUCUCUUCUUUGUCACUAGUGGGCUUAAGACUAAUCUUUUAAAAAUCCAAGGAGCCUCCACCUGGUUUAUGCUAAUGUUGUCCAUUAUUCUCUCCUCUAUUGGCAAAACUGUUGGAACUAUCCUUGUUGCCCUCUUUUACAAUGUGCCAUUUCGUGAAGGAAUUGCGCUCGGUUUGCUCAUGAAUACAAAAGGACUCAUUGGAUUGAUUGCCCUCAAUCUUGGGAAAGAUCAAAAGGUUAUUGAUGAUACAACAUAUGCAAUCAUGGUGAUCACAGUAAUAUUUAUUAAUGCAAUCAUCACACCCAUUCUAGUAAAAAUUUAUAGGCCAGCAAGGAAAUUUAUACCCUACAAAAGAAGAACAAUUCAAAAGACAAAAACAGAUUCCGAGUUACGAAUACUAGUAUGCAUCCAUACCCCUCGAAAUGUUCCAACAAUCAUCAAUCUUCUUGAAGCUUCCCAUCCUACCAAAAAAUCUCCGAUAUCUAUUUUUUCACUACAUCUAGUUGAACUUAUUGGUCAUGCAUCUGCUACCCUUAUCGACCACAACUCUCAAAAUCAUGAAAGUGCAGCCAUCAAUAGAAUGCAAGCUCAAUCUGACAAUAUUAUCAAUGCAUUUGAGACCUUCGGGCAGCAUACCAGUACUGUCAUUGUGCAAUCCUUCACAGCCAUUUCCCCUUACUCAACAAUGCAUGGAGAAAUUUGCAACUUGGCAGAGGAAAAACGUGCUGCCUUCAUUAUAAUUCCUUUUCACAAACAACAAAUGGUUGACGGUGGGAUGGAAGAUGCCAACCCAAAAUUUCGAAUGAUGAAUCAAAAUCUACUAGCAAAUGCUCCAUGUUCAAUUGGCAUUCUAAUUGAUAGGGGCCUAAGUGGCUCCACACGCUUGGCUGCCAGCCAAGUAUCUCACAACAUUGUUGUGCUAUUCUUUGGUGGACCAGAUGACAGAGAGGCACUAUCGUAUGCAAUGAGAAUGUCUGAACAUCCUGGGAAUAGCCUUAGUGUUAUUCGUUUCCUUUCAGGACCCGAAGCAAUUGAUCCAAUAAUGGACCCAAACUAUGAUAAUCUUAAGGAUCAUAGGUUACUGACACUACAAGUAGACAGAGAAAAAGAUGAACAGCUAGAUGAUGACUAUAUAAAAGAAUUCAGGAUGAUGAAGGCAAAUGAUGAGUCAUUCUCUUACACAGAAAAAGUUGUGAAUAACGGGGAGGAGACCAUGACGGCCAUAAGGUCAAUGGAAAAUAUGCAUGACCUCGUCAUAGUUGGUAGAAGAGAAGGAACAACAUCGACACUCACAACAGGGCUUGAUGAGUGGAGUGAGUGCCCUGAGCUUGGAGUAAUUGGCGAUUUGUUGGGAUCAGCAGAUUUUGCAGCAACAAUAUCUGUGUUGGUGGUACAACAAUAUAUAGGGGUAGGGCCACAUAAUGAAGGGAUUGGAACACCAGACAGCGGGAGUCAGCUUGAAGAGCAUCAUAUUAUGGACUCAUCAGUUCGUGGUUGAGAGAGUAAGCCAUCCACACUCAGCGUACAUAAGUCUUAAGGCUCAUUAGAUUUGAGCUCUCAUAUCAGAUGUCCUUAACUAGUACAAACUCUCAACUGAGAGAGAAUUUAAUA